GGUUACCACAAGCGUCAGGACACGAACAGCAAAUCACAACUGCAUGAUUACACGGUUUCGUUCACUCGGUUCGAGGGAUCGACUCCGUACAGUACCAAUCGUGUUCUGAUCUUUUUGUUUUCUUUGAUUCCUGUGACCUGUAUUCUUUAUAUAUUAAAAAGUUCCUCUUCUCAGCAGGACGCAUACAGCAAUGCAACGAAUACUGUCAAUAAAGCAACGGUUGAUACUCUGUUCCUCAGGUCGAGAGAUCAGAACGGCCCGUGUCCUGAUUUUUUCUUUUGUUUUUGGUCUUCGUGGCCGAUAUUCUUAGAGGCAUACUUUAUAUACUGAUAUGUUCCACACAUCCCCAGGUCACACACAGCAAUUUCACUAAUACACUGUCUUCCAACGGUCAAAGCCCCGUUUCCUCGGUUAGAGGGAUCGGAACCAUCCGUGUCCUGAAUUUUUGUUUUUGUGUUCCUUCGAUGCUCACUUGCUUCCGUUGUUUGUUUGCCGUCUUUCUCCUGCCCCACUCACAGUCUAUUAUUUGUUUCAUUUUAUUCGAUCGUCUUUGUUUCUUUCAAUCACCAAAUCCGAUCCAUCACUGAUCGAAAAUUUAAUAUAAUGCAAUGUAACACCCAGCGGAAAUACUCCGUCGAAAUGUCAAGUGAUGCACGUUUUUUCCAAAAGUAUCGAUGCCACAUAAACCGAAACGAGUCGGGUAAAGUAUUAUUUGUUAUCCAUUAUUCUACGGCAAUUUCGGAUGAAAGUCUCAUAAACAAUGCAGUAAAAUGAAAAAGGAGCACCCGGAACGAAUCAAUGCAAUCGGACAACCUACAAGACAAGAAAAAGGUAAGCAUAUGUUUACCAUUUUGUCAGUAUUACCUCUCCUACCAGAGGCAACGUUCUUCAUCGCCAACAUGACAUCAAAUUUCACAUCGAAUCCAAUGAAACCACAUUGGUAGUAGGCUACUACUUCGAUAAUUUUGUAUCGUAAACGAAAACAAAUCUUCCCGUGUCUUAUUUCUAUUCUAUUUGACAAAAGCAUGAAAUCACGUACCGUAUGACUUUCGUUAUUUUUUGUGUUUUCAGAUAUCACUCGAAUGUAUUAUUUAUCGUUGUUAUUAUUUUUCUAUAUUGUACUAUAAAAAAUGAAUCAAAUUGUCAUCUAUUGAACGAACUAUGUCUUCUUUUGUUUCUGAAUAUUGAAUAAUGAUUUGGUUCCUCGAAAACCCAUUUACUUUAGAUGGCAAAACACGCAAUGCCUUCUGCCUUGUUUUCUUUUACUGACAGUGUCUGUAACAUUAAGGAUAUGGGUUGCAAACCCAGACUUUCUCAUCGGCUCGGCAUGUGCACCUUAGUGCAAAAUAAUAGCACUCGAGAUAAAGGAAGGUUCCCGGGACCGAGCAAGGAUCGCCGGAUACUGCGGUGAUGAAGGGACAAGAUUGGGUGGGUGCAUAACCACCUGUGGUAGAACCUCCAGUGGAACCCCCGGUGGUACCUCCAAUGGUACCCGAGGUGGGAUCAACGCUGAUGGAUGAUCCGUGAGCUUUUUUUGUCCCACAGUUGUAAUAUGCCAGGCCCUCCGCGUAGCAUUCCUUACACAUAUCUACACGUGGGUUGCUACAGUUAUUAAUGCUGGCAAGAGUAACGCCGUUCAUCGCGGAGAGUCCGACUAGGCAUUGUUUGCAGACGUCAAUGAUGCCACCUCCAUCCCUGACGCAAUUUUCGAGUUCUUGGAAAAUAUUAUAUUUCCAAUACAAUCAUAACCGGACAAUAUCAUGAAAAAGUCCAUUCAACAACGAGGGACGCCCAAAAUUAUUGAUGGCAAAAGUCGUCAGAUGACUCUUUACGAGAGGAUAGUUUUGUAUUACAAAUAGAUCAGGAAUACGUACCUCCGACUUGAAUGUCACAUCCCUCUUCGAAUUUGACUAUUUUUGCUUUGACUGGAUUAAUCGAAACGGGAGCGAUCACUGUUGAAGAAGUGGUGGUAGCUGGAAACGUAACAGGUGGGAUUGGUGGGCGGUAAUAAGAAUAAUUUUUUGAUUUCUUUAGUUCUCGCUCAUUGCGUUCGCGACCGCGAAUACUCGCUGCAUUAGUUGUUGUGGUAAUGACUAACCACGCAAGGAGUGUGAAGAGAAAUUUUCUGCUGUCGGUAGGAAACAGGAUUGACAUAGUUCACUGAGUAAAAAUGGGAUUGAAGGUCUUAUUUUGUGAAAAUACCGGUGAGAUAAGUAUUGGAGGGUAGAGCGAAUGAGGGAGAAAGAUAAUCAGCACUAUUUCUGGAGUACGUAAUUUUUCUAACGAAGCGAAGUUUUCAACUGGAUGAUUUGGAACUCACUAGAGUGAGGAAAACGGAUUAUUGUCAGGAGCUGUGGGACAUACCUUACUAUGUAAAAUGAACUUUUUGAGGCGUCUUACACGAUCGAGUCGAUUCAGUGCGACAGAAAAUGGUUUUGAGCAAUUUCUUACGAUUUUGUGAGAGAAAGUGUCAAAGAAUCAAUCUGGUUUUGGAAUUCAUUCCUAGGAGAGGCGAAGAAGGAUUGAAUCAUCGUCUUUAUUCUAGCGAUACGGGUGUCGAAAAAUUUAGCCGAACAUCCCUCCAAUAGAAUCACGAUGAUGUCUCUUUCUAGGGAUUCUAUUGUUGUUUUAAGACCAGCUUGCCGAAAAUUGAGGAAAAGAUGUGCGCUCCGCAUUCUAUCAUUACACGUGGAUUUCAUAAAAGCCCUUUGCGCCAAAAUCUGAACUCACGCAUUCCAUGUGCAUAGUGAUGGCCGAAAAUGUUAUUAAAAGCUCCCGAAAUCCAUCAUGUGUGUUCCGAAACUAGCUUCCCUCCCACCAUAAAUAUUUUUAAAAUACCUCACGACAGAUAGCAAACGGCGGAAUGAAUUAUUCUUUUCAAUCAUUCCGCCAUUCAAUAUGGAGUCAUGGAUGGAGCGCUCAUUACCACUGGCACGUUCUCUUUUGCACCCACUUUUCAACCAUAAGUUACACGAGCGUCUCACACGUGCUCUCUUACAGUAUUAUCUCGUUUGAAGAUAUUCGUCUGCGAAACGAAAUCGAAGUCGCAGUGCUUCCCAAUCGUGUUUUUGUCUGUCGAUGUCAGUGCGUAAUAUCAGAGAUUUAGUGUUGAAGUUACUCUGCCCUUUUCAGAUCAAUGCUCGCGUUCUUGUUGCAUGGACAUGUGAUGUCAAAAAAAAAUAAGAACACCAAAAAAGAAGAUUCUGUUGCGGAAUGAUUGCACAUGACACUCAUGAAAUACUUUCCUUCCUAGAAACCAUUGCAGCCUGCAAAUUCGCACAAGUGUUUUCUAUCAAACAAAAAUUAAAAUGCAAAAAAAGUGUCCGUUUCCCUCUUGACCCUUCCAACCGACGAUAGUCGCUUCGAAUCGAUCAGCAAUGGAUAGAUGAAUCGCACUGACGUUAAAAGGAAACCAAUGCAGAAACAUUGGGAAGUUGGAUGGACUGUGCGAGUGGCACCAUCCAGAUAUCACGAAAUGCGGAGCUCGGACGAGAAAUGGUGGCUUUUGUAUGAUACCGCGAGGCAAGUGUAAAUACCACAGCAACAAAAGUGCCCUUGGUACCGAUCCAAAAAUAUUCUGCACCAACAGAUCUCUUCGCAAGGAGAAAAAAUGGGUGUGCUGAAACAUAGAAAGAAAAUGGAUGUGUACACAAAGGAGAAGAUAACGCGAGACUCGAUUGAUAAAUUUCUCGAACUGGACCACGUUGUGGAGUUGCAUGUCAUCCGAGACUGCUACGAUGCGAUUCCAAAGCAGGGUACGGGAUUUUCACAAAGAAAAAAAGAGCUGGCAACGUGUCUUCGUGAGAACAUAGUGAACGGGGAACAGGUCUCAAACUUAAACUUCACAAAGAAGCCAAUCAAUGAACAUAAAUUUGAAGCAGUAUACGAAUUCCAACGAAAGUAUAAUGACAAGACGAAGGUAGCUACGGACGAAAAUGACCAAGGACUCUUUGUCCAUUUAGAGAAGUGGCUGGUAGAUGCCGCCGAUCACCGUAUCUCUAGAUCAACCACUAGGCGAAUUCAAUCGGAAAUGUUCAAGUCUUGGAAGCUUAUGGAGGAAGCAAUUGAAGAGGAACAACCACUUCAAUGCGAUUUUAUGGACCUGCUUCGUAUAAAUAUGGUUGCAAUGAAACUCAAGUGAGUGCUAGCAGGGGUAUACAAUCACAAAUUAUUCUUGCAGUUGUACCAGAUCAUUCAUGGCUUUGUCCUAAAACGAUCAUGAGCAAACAACCUUGCCGCAUUGCCUCAUCAUUAGAUGAUAUUGACUACAAUGGUGCGAGAGUACCGCAUGACUACAACUAGUAUGGAAACGAUGCACUGGUAGAAGCUUUUUGGAGAGAAAGCGUUCUCGGAUUUUAUUGUAAUUGGAACCAAAAAUUUCAAACGAAACCCAUUAUCAAAAAAAUUACGAACAAAAAAUCUCUUCUCGAAGUCUAUUGGAUACUGUAAUUGGAUACUGUAAUACUCGUGUUAUUCUUACAACAGUACGUGAGGACAGAACAUUUUGCAUUUUUUUGCAUUUCAUAAUUUUUUGAAUAAUGAUGCCGUACGUACUCGUAAAAUGGUUGGAGUGGGAGUAUGAACGUAAAAAGUAAAAAAUAAUAGCUGCU